AUGGGCUGGCUCGUGCUGAGUUGCGGCCUUUUUGUUGCCUACUGGGUUCUACUGGCCAUCUACCGCCUUCACUUCCACCCGUUAUCACGAUAUCGGGGACCAAGGGUAGCCGCAGUGUCGAACUCAUGGUACGAGUGGUAUUGGAAUUAUCAUCUCAACGGACAAAUGAUAUUUGAGAUUCAGAGGUUACACAAGCAAUACGGACCGGUGGUACGGAUAGGCGUGAACGAUCUCAGCAUAGACGACCCUGAAGUCUAUCAGGCGAUGACCAAAGUGAGCUCGGGCUUCACGAAAGAUCCUCAUUUCUAUCGAUGCAUCUCGUUUCCAGGAACGUCGAUUGGAGAGACCGAUCCCGCAAAGAGCCGAAUUCGUCGCAAAGUGCUAACACCCGCUCUGUCUGGCACCCGAGUCCAAGAGCUCGCCCCCGCGAUCCUCGGUAAGGUAGAACGGCUACUAAGAAGGGUGGACCUCUGUGCACAGUCUGCAAAGACCAUCUGCAUCACCAGCGCUUGCAAAGCACUUACCAUGGAUAUCAUCUCCAAGAUUGUUCUCGGGCGUGAGAUUGGAUGCAUCGAAGAGCCCGACUUCAGAAACAGUUUCAUCGAGAACUUGAAUGCAGCUUUCGAAACGGGAUGGAUCGCAACUGCCUUCCCCAGGUUAGCUACGCUCGCACUCUGGAUGGCUUCGAUGAGCGACUUCUCGGUCAUUCCUAAUCCUCUUAUCGAUUUCAAACGGAAAUGUCGAGCCAUCACCAAGAGCUACCUGGAAGUUUUCGAUACACAUUCAGACGUCUACGUAGCCCGCAAAGACGUCAACGUGCCAUCAGCCAUUGCAACCCAUGCCGACAGAUCAGCUGUGAUAGACAUGCUCAUGGAUCCCCUCACCGUCAAAGGCCACACCGUACCAAGCCUAGAACAGCUAAACGACGAGGCUGUGAUACUUCUCACCGCAGGUAACGACACCACUUCGAACUCGAUGAUCUUCGGUCUCUAUCAAAUCUGCAACAACAUGUGUGUAUACAAAACCCUAUUCCAGGAACUGCAGGGACGCUUUCCCUCAGUCGACCAGCAGAUCACCUACGAAGAUGCAAAGCAGCUCCCGUAUCUAGUGUGUAACCCACCCAUCACCUCCGCUCUUCGAGUCAAGCUCACCACGUCGUGUGUACAGACAGCUACCAUCAAAGAGAUCUUACGACUAGGUACCCCUCUACCUGGUCGUCUCCCACGCUUGAUCCCAUCUUCCGGUUUUCAACUCUACGGUCAGGACCUGCCUCCGAAAACGAGCAUCCAUACAUCGCCCUACCUACUCAAUCGCCAUCCCAGCAUCUGGGAUAACCCAAACGACUUCAACCCUGACAGAUGGCUCAGGAAGAAUUCCCGAGACCUGGACAAGUAUCUUGCAACCUUCAACAGGGGUGCGAGACAAUGUCUCGGCAAGGAGUGGGUACACUCCUAUCAAAUCGCAGGCUUGUGGCAAGAUUACUAAUUGACGGGAUGACUAGUCUUGCGUGGUGCGAACUCUGGGUCUUCUUCGCGAACUUAUUUCGCCGGUAUCAUAUCAAGACGCUACCAGCGAAUAUGCAAUGGCGGGAUUUAAUCUUAGUAAAGUAAGUAUCUAAGUUACAAUGUGCGUUCGCUGUACGGGUACUAAGAGAGGCUUAGGUUCAAGGAUAACCUGUGCGCAGAGGUUGAGAAAAGGGCAGAUUAG